UAUUGUAUCAAUUACUUCAACUUCCGUAACACUACUUGCUAACUGCAUUAGUUGCAUCAAUAAUUUCUUCUUAAAAGUAUUUUCGAUGCAAAUGAUGAUAAUGUUAAAAUUUUUUUGCAGUAUUUUUCGAAAUCUCGAAAAUGGAAUAUUGGACAGAGUUAAAGAAAAGAUGUUACCUGAAAUGCCCAAAUGCACCGAAAAUUCAUGUUUCAAUAGUGCAAGUCUUGUGGAUGUAUAUACUGCAUUUGGUAUUCUUUUUGUGGGAAUGAUUAUCUCUUUAGGACUUUGCAUACUUGAAAGAUUGUGGAAUAAAAGAACAAUUGUUCAAGAAAAAAUUAUUCGCAGCAUUCAUGUACAUCGAAAGGACAAUCAUCGACAUUCGGAACAUGUAGAACAUCAUCGUUCAUCACACAUUAGAUGGCCACUUCAAAAAUCACCGACCGGUUUAGCAACAAUUUCCAAUCAUCUAGAAACUAAUGUGCAACUUACAGAUUCACAGGCUCAGUUGUCGAGGAGAAGGAAGAAAAUUCAGCAAAAUGACAUGUUAAAUUAUGAGGGUAAUCCGGAUGCAAAUCUGAUUAUUCCUUUCCGGUUAUAAGUUAAAAGUUCUAUCCCACUCGCGGGUUGUCAAAUUAUAUAUUAACGUCAAUAAUUUAUUUGUACCAUGCAACUCUAGCUCUUUUUGUCUACUAGCAAAACAAAAACUUAAUAUUCGUUUAGCUUAUGAUUUUUUAACUACUGAUAUGGAGGGAAAAAACGCCUCUGAAAGCAUGGUCCUAAAUGCAGAUAUAGGUUCCCAAUGAAAUGGAAUUUCCUGAAGGAUUAAUUAGAAAAACUCAUAACUUUCUAACUCAGGAUUAAAAGAUUAUUAAAUUUUGAAUUAUUUAAUAUAUUUAAAAGCUGGGACUUAACAGGAUCAUAAGUUUCAUUUUAAAUUAAAGAGCAAAACAUUAUCAACAAAUGACGUCAGAGUAACUGUUGUAAAUAUAACAUUAAAAAUUAAAUUGUCCUUGAAUUUUCU